CGCCGUAAAUGGGAGCGAGAGUUUUUAUCUAAAGACUUUAAUCUACCUGAAGAGCUUCAUGUUUAUCAUUCUCUAUACCCACUCGAUUUGCGACAAGAUAAAUCAGUGAAAAUUUUUGGAUACCCAAGUUUUACAUACAAAUCAAUUUGUAACGUUGAUGGUCGUGUUUACUGCCUGAGGAGGAUCGAAGGCUUUCGUUUGACGAAUGAAAUAGCUAUGUCGACAAUAGAAAGUUGGCGGCGAAUUAGACAUGCAAACAUCGUUUCGAUACGUGAAGCAUUCACAACGAAAGCUUUUGGUGACCAUU